AUGUCGUCUGACACGUCGUCCAACACGCCGGCCAAGAGGCAGUACGAGUUUCCGCCCCAGCAAGAUCAUAUCAUUCAGCCAAGUGAAGACGACGUUGCGACAUCAAUGCUGGGCGAUCGGGUGUACGUCAGCGCCCCAGGGCGGAAACUGUUCCGGCAUGUCUGGCUUUGGAAGACAGGAUAUACAAAGGACACAACUACCAGCUUUGAGCCAGAAACUCAUGGGCCUGGCGUCUCGAAACAGUCGCCUUUGCCAGACGAUACUGAGUUGCAACCACACAACAAGGCAAUGGAGAUGCCGGAGAUCGGUCUCGUCUUCGCCAGCGACCCAUCUAGGUUCCAUGAAGAAGUCAAAGGCCAAACUUCUCGAAGCAAAUCCCGGCAGAUAGCCCGGGACAAGCGAGGAAUCAUGACACGCAACGACACAUGGUUUCGAGCGUACAUUAAGGUAACGGACUACGUCCAAUCCCAGGCAAAGAUAUCCGUUGGGUGUCUGCUCUUCGACGGCCAUCUCCGCCCUAUAACAACCGAGAUCGGACAUGUCUUUUUCUACAAGGAGUUCUAUCCUGGCGCCAGUAUCGAGAACGCCAAGGAAAAAUCAGCCUACAUGAGACAAGCAAUCAAAUUCUACUCAGCCAAGAUCAAACGUCCACAGCCAAAACCUGGGGCCGGUGAGACUGCCAGUAUGGCCUCCCAGGCGCUGGUGCCUGAAGUUGCCGUCGCAGGUGAUCCGAUGGACUGUGUCCAAAUGGAGGACCAGCUGCCUCCCCAUGAGAAUGACGACGGUGUAUCUAUCUUUCUGGCUUUUGAUGAGAACAUCACCCUUGACGACGAAGAUAUGGCAAGCCUGAUUGAGAUUGUCCAGCCACAGAUUGGGAUGCCGUCCAACUUCAACCAGAGCUGA